AUGUUAUUUGUUUUUUUUUUCUUCUCUACACCAUCACUCACUGUUACCGUCCUUUACGAUGCACUCGUUAAUAAACUGAAUUAUAAAGACAGGUUCCAUAUAAUCAAUCCGACCACUUCCUGCUCAUCUCCAUCAGCCGCCGUGGCUGUAGUGGCAACAAAUACCCAAGCUGCGGCGGCAUUACCACCAGAGGAAAUCGGUUAUAUACCUGAUAAAGUUAAAAAAGCAGAGAAGAGAAUAUCAGCUUACCCUUAUGAUACAGAAGCAUGGAGUGUUCUCAUCAGAGAUGCUCAGAUGAAAAUGAUUGGAGAUGCACGGAACACAUAUGAAAGGCUUGUAGCACAGUUUCCCAAUGCAGGACGCUAUUGGAAGAGUUACAUUGAGCAAGAGAUGAAGGCCAAAAAUUAUGAAAGAGUUGAGAAAUUAUUCCAACGAUGCUUGAUGAAAGUGCUAAACAUAGAUCUGUGGAAACUGUAUUUGUCAUAUAUAAAGGAAACAAAAGGAAAACUGCCAUCAUAUAGAGAGAAAAUGGCCCAAGCCUAUGAUUUUGCCUUAGAUAAAGUUGGUAUGGACAUCAUGUCUUACCAAGUAUGGGUGGAUUACAUUAAUUUUCUUAAAUCAGUAGAUGCUGUUGGGUCUUAUGCUGAAAAUCAGCGUAUAACUGCCGUGAGAAAAGUUUAUCAACGUGGUGUAGUGAACCCAAUGAUCAAUAUUGAACUAUUAUGGAAGGAUUACAAUCAGUAUGAAACUAAUAUUAAUCCACUGAUAGCCAAGAAAAUGUCUGAGGAUCGAGGUCGUGACUACAUGAAUGCAAGAAGAGUAGCAAAAGAAUAUGAAGCAGUAACUCGGGGACUUAACCGUAAUGCACCGUCUGUGCCUCCCCAAAAUACACCAGAAGAAGCCAAACAGGUUGAGCUGUGGAAGAGAUAUAUUGCUUGGGAGAAAGGUAAUCCAUUAAGAACAGAAGAUCAUGCUUUGAUUACAAGAAGAGUCAUGUUUGCUUAUGAACAGUGCCUUCUCUGCCUGGGUCAUCAUCCUGAUAUUUGGUAUGAAGCUGCCUCCUUCCUGGAACAAAGCAGCAAAUUGUUAACUGAAAAAGGAGAUCAAAAUGCUGGUAAAUUAUUUGCAGAUGAAGCAGCUACCAUUUAUGAACGAGCUAUCACCACACUUUUAAAAACAAAUAUGCUGUUGUAUUUUGCAUAUGCAGAUUUUGAAGAGAGUCGAAUGAAGAAUGAUAAAGUCCACUCUAUCUACAAACGUCUCCUAGCCAUACAAGAAAUUGAUCCAACUUUAGCCUACAUCCAGUACAUGAAAUUUGCUCGACGAGCAGAAGGUAUUAAAGCUGCCAGAUUAGUGUUCAAAAUGGCCCGAGAAGAUACACGAACACGCUUCCAUGUUUAUGUGUCUGCAGCAUUGACUGAAUAUUACUGUAGCAAGGAAAAAACUGUUGCAUUAAAAAUAUUUGAAUUGGGAUUAAAGAAAUAUGGAGAUAUUCCAGAUUAUGUCCUUGCUUAUGUAGACUUUAUGUCACAUUUGAAUGAGGAUAACAAUACACGGGUUCUUUAUGAAAGAGUUCUAUCAUCUGGUCAAAUUCCUCCUGAAAAAUCAAGUGAAAUUUGGAGCCGCUUUUUGGCAUUUGAAUCUGAAGUUGGUGAUUUAGCCAGUAUUCUCAAAGUGGAAAAAAGGAGAGCUACAGCUACUAAUCAGCUUCAGGAAUUUGAAGGUAAAGAGACAGCUUUGUUGAUUGACCGAUACAAAUAUAUGGACCUUUAUCCUUGUUCCCAAAUGGAAUUGAAAGCUUUAGGCUAUAGAAGUUAUGCACCCCAAAAUGUUGUACCAGUGCCGUCCGCUGGAGAAUGUGCACCACGCAGUUGGAACGAGGAAGAUGAUAAUCGAAAACGUCCAGAAUACCCUAAACCUGACUUAGAACAAAUGUUGCCUUACAAACCCAGGCUUUUACCUCCAUCUGGAGCCCAUCCAAUGCCAGGUGGAGUGUUUCCACCACCGCCUGCUGCCUCUCACCUCCUCACACUCCUGCCACCACCAGACUGCUUUCAUGGACCAUUUGUCAUCAUUGAUCAAUUCAUCAAACAUAUUACCAACAUUACUUUACCUGAAGAACCUGUCAUUAUUCAGAAUGGAACAGAAUCUAAAAUUGAUCCUGGGACAUUGAUUUCCAUAGAAAUAGCCACAGGUGUUCGGAAACGGAAGGCACAAGCAGCAACUGAGAUUGGGGAGGAAAGUGAUGAAGAUAAUCCUGAGCUAUUGGAACCCCCUGCUCAUGAUAUUUAUCGAAGUCGACAGCAGAAAAGAGUCAAAUAG